AUGCCCUCAUCUAUCGACGUGGUCAUUAGAGGAUGCGCUCAAUUCAAGGAUCCUCCAACUUGUCUCAAUGGGAGCAUCUGUGCGUCUCAAAGCCCUAACAGUGACUUUAUUUACGCUAUCGCAAUUGUUGCAGCUGUUGUGUGUUGUGUUGGGGUGAUAAACAAUGUCGCUUGUCUCGCCGCCCUCCUCCUUCGUCACCGAUUCACACGAGACACCACCCAUCGUCUUGUUGUCACUGGCGCUUUUGUUGAUUUUCUAGUGGUUCUUACCGGUCUUCUGAUAAGUUUAGAGUCCUCUUUUCUCCCCUUGCGCUUAUCGUCAACCUCCCACAGUAAUGAACUGCUUCAGAGAUCCACUUGCGCCAUCAUCAGUUGUCUCCACCUCUAUCGAACCUGGGUGGCUCUGCUUAUAGCUUUUGAACGCUACCUCCUCGUCCGUCGUCCUCUCUUCUUCCGUGCGCAUUGGACCCUGACAACAGUAAAUAUUCUCCUCCUUGUAUGCGCUGCUCUCGUACUCGCUACUCGUGCUCCACUGAUCCUCAACGUGUUGCUCGAUCGCGACAUCUGGUAUGUCUGCACACCUCUGGCACGCAGUAUGAACACCUUCAUCGACCUCCUCUUUCAAACAAUCAUUCCAAUUAUCAUUUUACCUAUCAUGUCUAUCGGAGUCUACAUGACAAUGCGAAAGAGUUUUCGAUGGCGUGGCGGCGCCAUCUGGACGAUACCGACAACAGCAAAACACGAGUCCUGCAAAAAGACCGCCAUGACUGUUCACAAGGCAACAAUGACUGUACUCAUGAUAUACAUUAUUCUCAUGAUACCCACACUGCCAGGUGGAGUACUUCGUCUCGUUAUGUGGUUGGGUGGAAUUAGAAGGAGAUGCAAGGUACAGCUGGCAAAGGAGGCGAUGGAUGCAGUGGGGAUUGUUUGUUCCCUUCUCAUUUCCAGUGUAGACUUCUACAUCUACCUUCUCUGUUGGCCACGAUUUCAAAAGUUGUUUACACAACUUGUACCCAUUCCCAAGUGCAAGUGUCACGGAUCCACCAGAAAAGUAAGUUGCACCCGUCAGCAGAGCUGCUCCUCUCUCCACACCGCUCGAAGCAUAAUGUAUGGAGAGACAAAGGCGUGA